AUGGGUGCAGCGUUUGCUGACGUCAGCAGUUUUCAGCCUUUCCAACAACAGGUUCUAUUUCAACAUCAGCAACAAGAAGCGCAGUAUAGCACGGAGCCUAUUCCUAUUAUCAGACAGGAGCAAGUUCUCAAUCCUGAUGGAUCUUAUAAAUGGAGCUAUGAAACUGGUAACGGUAUCUCCGCUGAGGAGCAGGGGUAUGUGAAGAAUCUUGGCAUCCCAGAACAGGAAGCACAAACAGCGCAAGGCCAGUAUCAAUACACAGCACCCGAUGGACAGGUGAUCCAAUUGCAGUAUUUAGCAGACGAAAACGGAUUUCAGCCUCAAGGGGCUCAUUUACCAACACCUCCGCCUGUACCUCGAGAAAUUCAGAGCGCCCUAGACUACCUGGCAACGUUACCUCCGCCAAAUCCAGAAAAUAGCAAAUACGGAAGAAAUUAG